CUCUCGAGAGCGGAUCUCAGGCAGAAUGGUGUUCCCGUUGCGAUCGGUACUCCUCUUGGUGCUCCACCAACUAGUCUGCUCCGUUUCUGGAGUGGAGUUCUUCUCCUCCAUAAACGAAAUGACCAAAGUCUUUGGCUACGAACAGAAAAUGCUGCUGCACAUGCAAAGGUUCCUUGCUGAGAACCAGGGAAAAUUGGAUUUCCUAAAAGCCCGGCUGAGGGAGUUCGAGAGUGAGCGGGAUGAGGCCCGUGAAUGGGGCUCAGCAUACUUGGAAAGUCCCAUAAACCAAUAUUUGCUUAACAAAAGGCUGACCGUAGACUGGCAGCGAGUGGAGAACCUAAUGGAGGCAUCGACAGGCGAGAAGCCGCUGAAUCGCCUGAGGAAGCUCAGAAAUCGUGAGACAAUGCCAGAUAAAAAGGAACUAGACGGAGCCAUUGAUGGGCUACUUAGACUUCAGUAUGUUUACAGGCUGAAGGCCAAGGACCUGGUCAGGGGAGUCUUGGAUGGCGUGGAUUACGGCACCCAAUUGAACUCCGAGCACUGUGUGGAUAUAGCUAGGUUGGCUUUAAGGGAUCAGCAUCCGCAAUUGGCUCACUCCUGGUUGAUCGAAGCCAAAGAUCGUUUGUCCGGAGGAGAAAGGGCCAAGGAACUGAAGCCACAGAUACUGGCUCUCCUGGUGCAGGCCAAGAAGGAGUUGGAGGACUUCCGCGGUCUCAACGAUACCUACCAGGAGCUAAUCAGCAUUCACCCAGUCAGUGAGGAGCACGUCCGGAACUAUGAGACAUUCAUGGAGACUCUCAGGGAAAAGUCUCUUCUGAAUGAAUCGAAGACCAUCCUGGAGCAUCCUCCAAUUCCUAGGGAGGAUGAGCCCGUGGGCGAGUUCCAGGCCUACAGCCUCACCUGCAGCGGUCACUGGCAGCUCACUCCCAAGGAAAAACGCCACCUUCGCUGUGGCUACGUGACCGAGACACAUCCUUUCCUGUGGAUAGCACCUCUCAAGGCGGAGGAACUGUUCCAGGAUCCCCUGCUCGUACUCUACCACGACGUCAUAUACCAAAGCGAAAUCGAUGUCAUCCGGAAACUAACCAACAACAGGCUUGUUCGUGCCACCAUAACGGGCAACAAUGAGUCCGUGGUGUCCAAUGUGAGAACCAGCCAGAUCACCUUCAUCCCAGCCACGGCGCACAAGGUUCUGGCCACCAUUGAUCAAAGGGUUGCCGAUAUGACCAACUUGAACAUGAAGUACGCGGAGGAUCACCAGUUUGCCAACUACGGAAUCGGAGGACACUACGGCCAGCACACGGACUGGUUCUAUCAGACAUCUUUUGACGCCGGCUUGGUCUCCUCUCCCGAAAUGGGCAACCGCAUUGCCACAGUUCUCUUCUAUCUCUCGGAUGUGGCCCAAGGUGGAGGCACUGCCUUCCCCCAGCUGAGACAACUUCUCAAGCCCAAGAAAUAUGCAGCUGCCUUCUGGCACAAUCUACAUGCCUCUGGAGUGGGCGAUGUUCGUACCCAGCAUGGUGCCUGUCCCAUCAUCGUAGGAUCCAAAUGGGUUCAAAACCGCUGGAUCCGUGAGAAUGAUCAAUCUGAUCGACGACCCUGUGAGCUUUGGGAUGAUUCGUUGGCCACCUACGCCCAGAUUUUGGAAAUGAAUAAGAGGAAUGAGGCGCAGGCAGCUUCUAGUUAAGCUAGUAAUAAGCCAGGUUAAGCUUUAAGUGAACCA